AUGGGAGCACAAAUAAGUGGCAGAAUAUUUAAUGGUGUAUCGGUGGAAAUUGAAGACAACCCUUACUUCGCGAGUCUAGGCCACUGCGGCGCUGUGAUCAUAUCUGAUGAAUACUUACUGACUGCUGCACAUUGUGUUGACAAUGGAUCUGAAAACCCUGUUGUUUAUGUUGGCGGAAAUACACAAGCCAAUAGCCAAGUAGUUUAUUAUGAUAAAGUGAUUCUUCAUCCAAACUAUAUAUAUCUUAUCGAUAUUCCUCUUAAUGAUAUUGCUAUCGUGCAUCUUCAAAAACCAUUGCAGUUUUCAGAGAAAAUCCAGCCAUUGAAAUUGCCAACGCGUAAAGCCUCUAAAAAUUCACCAUUUGUUUUAACUGGUAGAGGGAUGGAUGAGACGGGAAACUUGACGGAAAUCUUGAAAAGAAUGUAUGUUAUGAAAUUGUCGAACGAAGAAUGUGUAUCUGUGUUACCUUAUUAUAUUUACGGUGAUUCUGGAGGUCCUUUAGUUCAAGAGGGUGUUAUCUACGGAUUAGCUUCAUUUGGCGGAAAUGAUUGCAGAACUAGCACAGUGGGUUUCUACACGAAUGUACUUCAAUAUGUUUCUUGGAUACGUUACAUUACUGGAUUGUAG